AGAGGUGCUGGGCAGAAUGCAGGGGUUGGUUUGCUGUGUCACCCUUAGUGGGGCCCGGCCCCUCUGAAGGCCCCUUUGGUGUGUCGUUAAGACUUUGAUAUCUCUGUGAGAUUCAGCUUGGCUUAGGAGGGGACACCCGGGAGGGAAAGGAGCCUGGGAGGCUUAGGGCUCUUCCCACUCCAUCUCUCCUUUGGACUCAGGCCAGCUCUACCACCCCCUCCCACCGGGAGGCCUCCCUGUCCCCCAGGCGGCGUCUCUCGUAGGGAAAUGAGCUGCAGAUAAGUCCUGGAGAGGACAGAAGGCCUUAGGCACAUAUCCUGGGGGAGAAGCCUGGAGCAAGGCCCUGCAGGGAGGGCCACAUGGGCUGGGACCAACACAGGUCGAGCACGGAGCUGCGGAAGGAGAAGUCGCGGGAUGCGGCGCGCAGCCGGCGCAGCCAGGAGACCGAGGUGCUGUACCAGCUGGCACACACGCUGCCCUUCGCGCGCGGGGUCAGCGCGCAUCUGGACAAGGCCUCCAUCAUGCGCCUCACCAUCAGCUACCUGCGCAUGCACCGCCUCUGCGCCGCAGGGGAGUGGAACCAGGUGGGAAAAGGGGGAGAGCCACUGGACGCCUGCUACCUGAAGGCCCUCGAGGGGUUCGUCAUGGUGCUCACCGCCGAAGGAGACAUGGUUUACCUGUCGGAAAAUGUCAGCAAGCACCUGGGCCUCAGUCAGCUGGAGCUCAUCGGACACAGUAUCUUUGACUUCAUCCAUCCCUGCGACCAAGAGGAACUCCAGGAUGCCCUGACCCCCAGGCCAAGCCUGUCCAAGAAGAAGCUGGAAGCCCCCACAGAACGCCACUUUUCCCUGCGCAUGAAGAGCACACUCACCAGCAGAGGGCGCACGCUCAACCUCAAAGCUGCCACCUGGAAGGUGCUGCACUGCUCAGGACACAUGAGGGCCUACAAGCCCCCUGCACAGACGUCCCCCGCCGGGAGCCCUCGCUCCGAGCCUCCCCUGCAAUGCCUGGUGCUUAUCUGUGAAGCCAUCCCCCACCCAGCCAGUCUGGAGCCCCCUCUGGGCCGGGGGGCCUUUCUCAGCCGCCACAGCCUGGACAUGAAGUUCACGUACUGUGACGAGAGGAUCGCAGAAGUCGCUGGCUACAGCCCUGACGACCUGAUUGGCUGUUCUGCCUACGAAUACAUCCACGCACUGGACUCCGAUGCAGUCAGCAGGAGCAUCCACACUUUGCUGAGCAAGGGCCAGGCAGUAACGGGGCAGUAUCGCUUCCUGGCCCGGACCGGAGGCUACCUGUGGACUCAGACUCAGGCUACAGUGGUGUCAGGGGGACGGGGCCCCCAGUCAGAAAGUAUCAUCUGUGUCCACUUCCUGAUCAGCCGGGUAGAAGAGACAGGCGUGGUGCUGUCCCUGGAACAAACAGAGCAACACACUCGCAGACCCCCUCAGCGGGGUACCUCCUCUCAGAAGGGCAUCCCUGGCAACGGUCUAGACUCACAUGCUCCCCGGAUCCUGGCCUUCCUGCACCCUCCGGCCCUGAGUGAGGCCUCCCUGGCUGCUGACCCUCGCCGUUUCUGUAGCCCAGACCUGCGCCGCCUCAUGGCACCCAUCCUGGAUGGGCCUCCCAUAGCCGCCACCGCCAGCACCCCACAGGCUACACGGAGACCCCAAAGUCCUCUUCCGGCUGAUCUCCCAGACCAGGUGCUUGGUAGCUCAGAGAAUGCAUGCAGACUCUCCACUGCCCGGAAAAACAAGACUGUGGAGACAGAUCUAGAUAAAGCUCAGGACCCUGACACUCUGGACUUGGAGAUGCUGGCUCCCUACAUCUCCAUGGAUGAUGACUUCCAGCUCAACUCCUGCGAGCAAUUGCCCAGAACCCACCGCAGACCUCCGAGGGUGGCCCGCAGACCCCGGGCUCGGAGCUUCCAUGGCCUGUCGCCCCCCAUCCCUGAGCCCUCCCUGCUGCCCCGCUGGGGGAGUGAUCCACGACUGAACUGUUCCAGCCCCUCCAAGAGGAAUCCUCCCACAGCCUCCCUAAUGCCUGGAACUCGGAAGAGGGCCCUGGCCCAGAGCUCAGAGGACAAAGGGGUGGAGCUGCUGGAAACAAAGCCCGCCAAGCGGUCCCCCAGCCUAGAACCUGGAAGCUUCCUGCUGCCUCCCCUCAGCCUGAGUUUCCUUCUGCAAGGUCGACAAUUCCCAGGGAACCAGCCAGAUCCCCGAACCCCACUCUUGGAUUCCCGUGAGCCCUUGGGCCUAGCUCCCUCGCUGCUCUCUGUCUACCACCAUGAGGAAACUAUCCAGCCCAGGAACCACGUCCCACCAGCAGCAGGACUGGCCCAGGCCCGCUGAGUCAGCCCUCCUCCCAGUCCCUUGCUUCUACCCCAGAAAGGACUCAUCCACACUCCACACCGGCAGCCCACACCCAGGAUGGGGCCUCUCUCCUCUGAGUGCCCUCCACAGCCCCCAGCCAGCCUCAGUCCUACCUCAGCCCCCCAGCCCUCUGCCUUCACCCAUUCAGGGGCUUCUUGGAGUGUUCGCAGCUCAGUUACCUCUGGGAGGGGGUGUGUGACACCCCCCCUCCAUCUCCUCUCAGGACUUCCCUUGGGGUUCUCCAUAGCUGGUUAUCUCACUAUCUCUUUCUCUGACUCUCUUUGCUUUAUUUGGAAGAAUGAAGGGUUCUGAGAGUCAGGGGUCUAUCUCUGAUCCUGGCCCCGUGGAGUUUGGACAACCAUAAUCACAUUUUUGUUUGUUUGUUUGUUUUUGUGUUUUGGUUUGGUUUUCCGUCACCCUUCUAUCAGCUUUGCUUUGUCCUUUUCACAAUAAUGCAUUCAGGUACUCUGCAUUGCACAGAUCCCACAGCAAUGCGGGACUCUGAUCUUCCCCCUCCUCGGUGGCAAAGGUGGGGAGACUCUGGGUCAGACCUCACCCCCAGUGACUUGUGGAGUCUCAGCCCCCCAAACUGCCACCCAGCUCCGCCUGCCCUUUCUGCUCCUGACUUCCUGCUGGCACCAGUCUCGCCUGAAUAAUGACUUCGUUUGUGAUCUUCCCAUUUUAGGGGUAGCCAGCAACUUCUUCCACUCAGCAGAGCCAUAAUCCCCGACCUUCCCUGAUCUAGAAUACUUGAUUCCUGCCUUCACUGUUUGUAGACUGUACAACCCCCUCUGGCCUUCCCUGGUGUUAGGCUUUACCACUUUCCAUCUCCCCUGGUUCUAGACAGCAAGACUCAGGGCCAUCCUUGUAUCUAGACCAUGCAGCCCCUGGUCUUAGUUGGUUCUAGAAUGUAUGCCCUUGGGCCUUCCCUGGUUCUAGAGGCCUAGGGGCUCUCUGGUUCUAGAGUUACUUCCAGGUUCUAAAAUGUACAACCCCACGGUUUUUCCCUGGCUCUUGGAUUCCAUACCCCUCAUCCUUUUCUGUUUCUAGACUGUGAGGCCUGUGGCCUUCCUUGGCUCUAGACUAUCCUACCAAUGGUCUCCUCUGGUUCUAGGCUUAUGACCUCUGGCCUUCCCUUGUUCUAGACACUGUAGCCUCUGGCCACCAUGGUUCUAAACUGUGUUAUUUCUGCCGUCUUCCAUACUAGACUAUGCAACCUCUGAUCUUCUCUCUUUCUAGUCUGUACAUUUUCUGGUCUUUUACCUGAUUCAAGACUGUACACUUUAUGACCAUACUGCUGUUCUAGACCAUGCCACUUUUCUGGCCUUUUCUCUGAUUCUAGAUUGUAGGCCCUCUGAUCUUCCAUAGUUCCAGAGCAGUGGUUCUCAACCUUCCUAAUGCUGCAGCCCUUUAACACAGUUCCUCACAUUGUGGUGACCCCC